UUCUUGUUUGAGACAUUAGAAUUAGAAAUUCAGCAGCUUAAAUUCUGAGAAGGGGAAGUGCGUGAAAUGGAUAAAUACUUGGUCCCGUUGAAACCCUCAGCGGAAAAGGUUCAUCCUCUUCAUAGAAUUGCAAGGUGCCGUUGGAAAAGGAGCAAUGUUGAACUGAAUGGAAGAUUUGAACCUAACUAUUGCCAUGAGAUGCUGGAUUUGCUAAGUCGUUCCUACUCUGAGGUGGGUGCUUUUCCGCAUCUGUAUCAUGCAGAUGAGACGCCUUGCGAAUCGCAUAUCCAACGAGCUAUUACCAGAGCAAAUGGUGAUGGAAAUCUUCCAUCCAAGCAAGGCAUCUCUGCAGUGGACUUUGACAACAAGGGAAUAUACUUGGCAUCUGUGACAAAGUUGGGAUGCUUAACAGUUCAUGACUUUGAAGCUCUUUACUGUCAGACACAUAAACAAACUUGCUUGAAAGAAGACGAAAGCAAGCAUUUACUGCAUCUCUCACUAAAACGACAACUUGAUACUGUUAGAUGGAAUCCUAUUAACCAGGAUGAGGUUGUCUGUGCAUCUGUAAAAAGUAGUGAAGUACUUAUAUUUGAUGUUGGAUAUGUAUCAUCAGAGCCAAUUGAAGUGUUGAGGACACGAAAUACAGCAACAGUUCAUGGGUACAACGGACACAAAGGUCUCUCUGAUGUUGCCUUUACGUCAAAUGACUCAUGGAUACUUGCUUCUGAUACACAUGGUGGGAUCAAUGUUUGGGAUAGAAGAGUGAAAGCUCUACCUUCUCUUGAGCUUACGUCUGGUUCAUCUAGUACCCUAAACAGCAUCCAAAUAAAUGUUGAAAAUCAGAUUAUUUUUGGUGCUGGGAAGAGUGGCUUUGUGUAUGUGUGGGACAUUCGUGGCGGAAGAGCAUCUACUACUUUUCAGAGUCACAAAGAGAUGUGUCAUCCUCCUAUAACAUCGUUGAAGUUGGCAACAUUACUAGAGAAGAUUGGAUCUUUGAAGGCACAAGCUAAUAUUGUUUGCAAAGAGAUUCAUUCUAUUCAAAUCAAUCCAUGUUGCCCAUAUCAGCUAGCAUUCCAUCUUGAUGAUGGCUGGUCGGGUGUUUUAGAUAUUAAUACUUUACAAGUUACACACAUUCAUUGCCCUCCCCCAGCUUGGUUAAAUGAUUCCUAUGAUCUGUCAUAUAUAAGAAAACCUUCAUGGUUAUCUACAUGUUCGAUCUAUUUGGUUGGUUCAUCAUCUGAUAGUGGCAUUCAUCUCUUAGAUUUCUACCCUAGUACCAGCUCGCCGAGCCAUGUGCAUUUCAAAGAGGAUACUGAUAAUGUUUCCAAGAUGAAUAGGAGUAAAAAUCAUCAAAACAGAUUUAUUCCUUUAUCUGAAGGAAUUAUUUCAUGUGCUGCACAUCCUUUAUAUAAUGCCAUCGUAGUAGGAACAAAGAAGACAUCUUUGCUCGUGAUUUCACAAAGACGAAGGUCAAACAGUGAAGAAGAUUAGUCCAAACUUGAUUUAUUGUUGGAAGUUAGUUGUACAAAUUGAAUCACGAUUGUUGAUUUAAGAUAUAAUAAAGUAUUUCUUAUUUAAUUAUUGACA